GCAGGAUGACGAGAACUCGGAGCGUGGGAACUGGUCCAGCAAGACGGACUAUCUGCUGUCCAUGGUCGGCUACGCGGUGGGGCUGGGGAACGUCUGGCGGUUCCCCUACCUCACUUACCAGAACGGAGGGGGUGCCUUUCUAAUACCCUACACAACUAUGCUGGCAUUAGCUGGUUUACCUUUAUUUUUUUGGAAUGUUCCCUGGGGCAGUUUGCCAGUUUGGGGCCAGUUUCUGUGUGGAGAAUAUUACCAAUUUUACAAGGAGUGGGAAUCACGAUGGUCAUCAUCACCACCUUGGUGACGGUCUACUACAAUGUUAUCAUUGCCUAUGCCCUCUACUAUCUGUUUGCCUCCUUCCAAAGUGUACUGCCGUGGUCGGACUGCUUUGCGUGGGCAGAUGAAAAUUGCAGCAAAACACCUGUGGUGAGCGAUUGCAAUACGACCUUACCAAACGGGACAAUCAUUCAUACAAACUACUCGUAUGUCACCAGCAACAAUCUAACCUGUCUCAAUGGCAGCUUAGCGUAUAAACAAGUGCAGCUUCCCAGUGAGCAGUACUGGAAUAAAGUGGCCCUUCGGCGCUCCAGCGGGCUGGACGAGACGGGUGAAAUUGUCUGGUACUUGGCCCUCUGCCUGCUCCUAUCCUGGCUGAUAGUCGGAGCUGCAUUAUUUAAAGGGAUCAAAUCUUCAGGAAAGGUUGUUUAUUUCACAGCUCUCUUUCCAUAUGUUGUCCUCGUUAUCCUGCUUGUCCGAGGUGCCACCCUGGAAGGCGCUCGGGAUGGCAUUGAGUAUUACAUUGGAACACAGUCCAAUUUCACAAAGCUGAUGGAGGCAGAGGUUUGGAAAGAUGCAGCUACUCAGAUAUUCUUCUCCCUGUCGGUGGCCUGGGGGGGCCUGGUCGCUCUCUCCUCUUACAAUAAGUUCCAUAACAACUGCUAUUCCGAUGCCAUUGCUGUCUGUUUAGUAAACUGCCUCACCAGUGUGUUUGCGGGAUUUGCGAUAUUCUCCGUUUUGGGACAUAUGGCUUUCCUGGCAGACAGACCCGUCUCUGAAGUUGUAGACUCAGGCUUUGAUUUGGCAUUUGUUGCCUAUCCAUCGGCUCUCUCCAAAUUACCAGUCGCCCCACUUUGGUCCUUUUUAUUUUUCUUCAUGCUUUUACUGUUGGGGCUCGACUCUCAGUUUGCUUCCAUAGAAACAGUGACAACCACCAUACAAGAUAUAUACCCCAAGGUGAUGAAAAAGAUGAGGGUUCCUGUAACCCUGGGAUUAUGCAUGCUUCUGUUUUUUCUUGGUCUCAUCUGUGUCACUCAGGCAGGAAUUUACUGGGUUAACCUAGUGGAUCAUUUCUGCGCUGGAUGGGGGAUCCUUUUUGCAGCGGUCCUGGAAAUAAUAGGCAUUAGCUGGAUUUAUGGAGGAAACCGAUUUAUCCAAGACAUUGAAAUGAUGAUUGGAAAGAAGAGCUGGUGGUUCUGGCUGUGGUGGAGAGCAUGCUGGUUCUUCAUUACCCCUGUUCUCUUAUGUGUGAUUUUAUGCUGGUCUUUGGUCACAUUUUCACCUCCCAAGUAUGGCUCAGUCGAAUACCCUGCGUGGGGAUCGGCUGUGGGCUGGUGCAUGAUUGUCUUCUGCAUCGUCUGGAUUCCCAUUGUCGCGAUUGUAAAAAUAGUGAAAGCGCCAGGAAAUCUGUGGCAGCGUAUUGUGAGCUGCUGCCGGCCGGCUGCUAACUGGGGUCCCUCUCUGGAAUGUCACCGAGGAGAAAGGUACAGCCACAUGGUAGAUCCCCACAAGGAAAGAGACCAGGAGAUCCCCACCGUGGAUGGCUUCGUGCACAAGCUGGAAUGAGACGCCUGCCCUGGCCUGCAUUAUUUUUAACACAAAUGUAUUUUCUUUUUGUUUAAUGUUGGAAAAUAAUGUGCCAAACUAUUGAAAGCUGUACUAUUGAUUGUUAGCUCUGCCUUACCGGGAGGAGCAGGUCAUGGAGUAGAGAGGAAAGCCCAAGCCCACAGGCUGGGAGGGCAGGAAAAUACACUCCAGCCAGGGGCGGCUCUAUGGUUUUUGCCGCCCCAAGCAUGGCAGUUAGGCAGCCUUCGGUGGUAUGCCUGCCGGAGGUCCGCUGGUAACGCGGAUUCGGCGGCAUGCCUGCGGGAGGUUCGCUGGUCCUGCACCUUUGGCGUGCCCGCCGCCAAAUUGCCGCCGAAGCCGCGGGACCGGCGGACCUCCCACAGCCAUGCCGCCGAAGGCAGCCUGACUGCCGUCCUCGAACCGACCGGCAGGGCGCCCCCCCGCGGCUUGCCGCCCCAGGCACGCACUUGGUGUGCUGGCGCCUUGAGCUGCCCCUGCUCCAGUCUCUCAGAGCGUAGGGACUGGGAGCAGUCCGUAGGGCAGCUGGCCUGCAGAUGCUGCUAUGGGGGGAUGUGUUCUGGUGCUCUCCUGCCCAGGGCUUGAGCCACGGGGCUCUGUGCUGGGCACGUACCAACAAGCACCUCCCCGCGCGCUCUGUUUUCUGGAGCUGGUGCACAGCUCAGGCUGACGGUACGCAGAGGGGCGGAUGGGUUGCUGCUCUCCGCUCAGCAGCCCAGGGAAAGUGAAUUAUUGCUGCUGUCUGGGCCUUGCUCAGGCUUCUCAGCCUGGCGCUGAGCAAAAUGUGUGUCUGUGUUGUCUGUGUGUCUCGACGUUGAGGGGUGACAAGCUGCCUUGCUUAUGAGGCUAGAAGGUGGCAAGGCAAGUUCCCAUAGAUUUGUCAUAUCUCUGGCAACUGAUGGGUGGCAGUGAGAGGUCUGAUUGUUUAGUUCAGUGUUUCCCAAACAGGGUCCGUGGAACACUGGUGUUCCGCACGAUGUGAAUAGGUGGUCAGUGAAAGAAUCAUAGUUAAAAAAAUUUUUUUAAUUUUAAAUUUGGCAUUU